UCCUUUUUGCUUUCUUGGUUGUGUUGUUCUUACUAGGACUUUUCUUUUUUAUCUUGUUAAACAACUCUUCCACUUCCCAUCCAACGUGUUUCUCUUCUUUUGUCAUUUCUUCACUUUCCAUUUCUUUAUUACUCAUAGGGUUAGUUGUCUUUUUGUUUCGAGGAUAUGAUUUGGUUUUCUUCGUUUGUUUGUCCGUUCUCUUCAUUCCAUCCUUUUCCCAAUCUUUCUUUCUUUUCAUUCUUAUGAUGAAAGCUGGUUUUCAAUCUCAAGGUUAUCUCAAUGGUGGUUCCUUUUCUCCACUGAAAAGGAAUAUUUGUUGUCAACACUCUAACAAGUAUCAUACUAUACGGAGAACCAUAAAUACUUACCAAUGGAUAGCCUGUUCGUCUCACCCAACACAGCCUUCUUCCUCUCAUCAAGAAACAAAGGACUUGUAUUCUCCCUUUUUCAACAAAGCAAUAGAAAUUCUUCAAAGUUCCAUUUCUUUGCAACCUUAUCCUAUUCCUGCAGGAUUUGAAGAAAAAGUAGCCAUCACUGGCAAAGGUAGUCGCCAAAGUACGGUGAAGACGACGAGUUAUGCAUAUCAGUCAGAAAAACUGAGGCAAAUAAGAGCAGCUCAUGUACAAGGAGGGAAAGCACUUCAAGUACUCAACUUUGUUAUUUUUCCACGGUUAGAAUAUGAUUUACCUUUCUUUGGUGCAGACCUCGUCACUUUACCUGGUGGUCAUCUGAUUGCAUUGGAUAUGCAGCCACUAUUUCAUACCAUCGAAUAUCAAAACAAAUAUUCGCUCCAAUUGCAACCCAUAUAUGAGAAAUAUAGUUCUCUUCUUCCUUGGGGUGGUGACUUACCUGAAGAUGCAAAGCCUUUCUUUUCACCUUGUUUCUUAUGGAGUCGUCCUAGUCAAGAUGAAGUGAUAGAGACACAUGUAUGGGAUGCUUUUCAAGAAUAUCUCGAAUUGUAUCUCAAGUUUGUCAAUCAUGCAGUUCAUAUUCAAGAUAAACAACUCUUGGAACUCAUAAAGUCCAGACAUCUUGCUUAUAUCCAGUAUCGUGCUGAAAAGGAUCCUGCACGUGGUAUGUUUACUCGAUUCUAUGGAAGUGAAUGGACAGAAGAAUAUAUUCAUGGAUUCUUGUUUGAUUUGCCUCGAAAAUUGUCUACUUUUAAAGAACAUUAUACUUGUUGAUCUCCUGUAAUAGAAUAUUCCUCCUCA